AUAAAUCUACCUGAAAAUAUGAAGAACUUUAUCAACACUCUGCUUUUUCCCAUCGCGAUUUUUCUAAAAUUUGGUGAAUUAAAUGCGGUGAAAGGUGUGGGAGAAAGUUCAGGAUACGGCAGGGAGCGCCAGGGGUUACGCCGCAGAGUCGCGCACCAGUUUGAGGCCGUGUACCAGAAUCAGGCCGUAAAAGCGCCAUUUCGACCGGUAAAACCCUUUGCUGCGCCUCUUGAAACAUUAGAGACCUUGGAUUAUAUGUCGCAUGACGUAAAGUUGCGGGUAGUUGAAGGAAAAGUAACGGAAGUUAUCUUUGAGGGCAAUCAAAUUCCUAGAAACGCUGAUUUUUUUAAAGAACAUAAUUGUCUGGUCCGUCUGGCUAAAAUAAAAAAUUAUGUAGUGGUUAUAUACAUGACGCAAAAUGAAGCACUCCUGGGAGCCCGACCAAUGAAUCCAUCUUCAAAAUUUAUGGAACCUAAUUAUACAAAAUGGUAUCUAGCUUAUGAAGGCCACGUCUUUAUAGUUGAGGUACGACCUACUGCUUUCAAUCGACUACUGCCUCUCAUAAGCGAUAUUGUGGAAGUUAAGCUCAAAAAUGGAAAUCGCCAUAAACCAUUUGAUCCAGUUGAACCAAUGCAAUUUUCUGGGAUCAGAUUUGUAUUACAUAAAAGACUCUUAGAUCGAACGGAAAUUACGGGAGUUACGCGUCCAUGAAUUAGGAUUAACCUACACAAGUGAAACAACAAAUGUAUGAAAAUUGUGUAUAAUUUUUGUCAUGUAUAUUCU